GUUGCUGACCCUUGCCGGCUGAACAACUAAAUACAAAGAUCUGGUUGCCUGCGGAGUGACUUGUCCCUCCGCGAUCACAUCUACUCCAUUUAGUGUAUCUGAAGACGGCACACAUGAUCAACAUCUAAAAAAAUCAUUUUUAUGUCUUUUAUUCACCGCAUUCAGGAGAUUCAUCAACGCGCGCACGCUCGCCAUUGAAUUAUUUCCUGAUUCCUCGCUCGAGCCGUACGCGAUCCUGUCACACACGUGGGGUGACGACGAAGGUUGAGAAAACCUGUCAGAUGGCCAUUGAGUACGGGCUGGGAUACGCAUGGGUGGACACUUGCUAUAUCGACAAGACCUUGAGCGUAGAGCUCGCCGUGCACAUGUUCUGGGCGGCCAAGGGGCAACCCACUCGGGUCGAAAACCAAGCUUACUGUCUUAUGGGUAUAUCCGAUGUCAAUAUGUCCAUGAUACUCCAGGAAGAGAUUCUCAAGACGACCAAUGAUACAUCCCUGUUUGCGUGGAGGAUGACAAAUGGGCAUGCGUACUCCAGAAUCUUGGCCGAUUAUCCAGCUGCGUUCCUAGAUUCCGGCAAGAUGGGUUCAACAAAGAUCAGUGCCAAUUCCGAGGUGAGAUCGGUAUAACGAAUAAGGGGGUGAAGAU